AGAGAGCGAGGGAGGGAGAGCGUGUGAGAGGAGGAGAACGAGGGAGAGCGAGAGACACAGGCACAGUGUGAGCAUCUCUUCCUGGCAUUCGAGCUGUCAGUGUAGGAAGAGCAACAUCAACACACACACACACACACACAUCUGAUCUGAGCGUUUAACCGUCACCAGCCAUGAACUUCCUCCGCCGUCGUCUCUCCGACAGCAGCUUCAUCGCGAACCUUCCCAACGGAUACAUGUCGGACCUCCAGCGGCCCGAUCCUCCUCCUCCUCCUCCUCCCAGCGGCCCGACCCCGACUCCAUCAGCCCAAUCCCCCCCCGCGCCCCAACCGGCCCAGUCCAGCGGCCCCACCGGCUCCACCGGCACCACCGGCUCCACCGGCACCACCGGCUCCGGCUUCUUCAGCUCCAUCACCAACGCCGUCAAGCAGACCGCGGCGUCGGCGGGACUCGUGGAGCAAAGCCCGUCCACGGCGUCCCGCAGGUUCAGGAUCCUCCUUGUCAUCGACGAGCCGCAGCACGACUGGGCAAAGAUUUUUCGUGGGAAGAAGGUCCAGGGAGAUUAUGACGUCAAAGUUGAACAGGCCGAGUUCUCCGAGCUCAACCUCGUGGCUCAUGCGAACGGCACAUGCAGUGUCGACAUGCAGGUCAUCAGGAACGGGACCAGAGUGGUUCGGUCCUUCAAGCCUGAUUUCGUCCUGGUCAGACAGCACGCGUACAGCAUGGCUCAGAACGAAGACUUCAGGAACAUGAUCAUCGGAUUACAGUACGCCGGGAUCCCGAGCGUCAACUCACUCGAGUCCAUCUACAACCUCUGUGACAAACCGUGGGCUUUCGCUCAGCUGAUCAGCACCUACAAUAAACUGGGAGCGGAUAAAUUCCCUCUCGUUGAUCAGACGUUCUACUCGAACUACAGGGACAUGAUCUCUAUGCCAACAUUCCCUGUGGUGGUGAAGAUCGGACAUGCCCAUUCUGGGAUGGGGAAGGUGAAAGUUGACAAUCACAGUGACUUCCAGGACAUCGCAAGUGUCGUGGCCAUCACUCAGACAUACACAACCACUGAGCCUUUCAUCCACGCCAAAUAUGACAUCAGGGUCCAGAAGAUCGGCUCGGACUACAAAGCCUACAUGAGAACAUCUAUCUCUGGCAACUGGAAGUCAAACACUGGCUCUGCCAUGCUGGAGCAAGUGGCCAUGACUGACAAAUAUAAGCUGUGGGUGGACGCCUGUGCCGAUGUCUUCGGAGGUCUGGACAUCUGUGCUGUUAAAGCCAUACAUGGGAAAGACGGGAAGGAUUAUAUCACUGAGGUGGUGGGCUCUUCGAUGCAGCUCAUUGGUGAACACCAGCCUGAGGACCGUCAGCUGAUCUCCGCCAUCGUUCUGGCCAAGAUGAACCAGGAACCCAGUCGCUCGAGCUCUCGUUCUCCACACACACCUGCGACCACUGCACAACCUGCACACAGCGCUGCCUUAAAAGAAAGCCUGACUGACCCCAACAAGACCCUCGGCCAGCGUCCUCCUCCACAAGGGGGGGCAGUGAAACCCCAAGAACCACAGCCUAAGAGUCAAGAGCCUACACCUGAGCCAGUCCCUGCCCAGGAACCAGUGCCCAAACCAGGCCCUGCCCCAACUCUACCCCCCACCACCCAGCAGCCCAAACCCCAGGCUCAAGCAGCACCAGAACCCAGUCCAGGGAAGCCAACCGAACUGCCCCCAAAACCACUACCCCCCAAACCCCUUCCCCCAAAACCAGUGCCCCCAGUUCGGAGGAACUCCAAGCCUCAGAUCCAGCCGAAGCCCCAAACCCCACCUCCCACCAAGGCCAUCCCAAAACCCGCAGAUCCGAGUCCUGGUCAGACCCAGCCAGAUCAAGAGCAAUCCCCAGCCAAGGUUCCCAUUAAACCCCCUUCACCAGCUAAACCCCAGCUCCAGCCUAAACCAGUGCUCAGAGAGCAAGUCCGACCUCCAUCUGAAGCACCAUCAGCCCCAGUUAGAGCGACUCCUUCCCAGUCUCCUGCUCCUGUUCCCACUCCGCCCCCGGAACAACCCACCCAAUCCCAGCCUCCUGUGGAGGAUCAGCCUGAAGCCCAGCAGAAGUCAACCCAUCCUCUCUUGAACAAAUCCCAGUCUUUGACAAAUGCCUUCAACGCCUUUGGCGACACCUUCCGCUCCAGCAACGAGGACGAAACUAAGGCGGAGACCAUCCGAAACUUGCGAAAGUCUUUCGCCAGCCUGUUCUCUGACUAACAACACAAUGCUUGACAAAAUGGUGGCCAGGGACUCGAUGACAGAAACUCAUCCUGGCCUGAGGUUAACUCCAUGUAGCUUGUACAUUUAACCCCUCCUCCCAACUCUGCUGUAAUUAUCCGAGUGUUACUAACGAAGGUUAGCGUGAUGUUCAGUGUUGGCGUCUACAUUUUGGAGUCGAAACACUGGGAUGUAUAUGAGGAGGGAUGGAUCUAAAGCGAUCAGUUACAGGAGGCCGGAGAAUGCCGAAGUCGUCUAUAACCCUCGAUGUUCUAGCUGUAUCGUGAAAGUGUGUUUUCUUUACCCAGAGACAAAUAUUUGUGACUAGUUUCCCUUGUUUAUCCCCUCUAGUGUGUGUGUGUGUGUGUAACAAGUUGGUGUGUUGUAAGCAUUAGCCAGUAAGACAUUAGUUCAACAGGUAACACUUUAUAAUAAGGUUCAUUAGUUAACAUUAGUAUUAACAAACAUGAACUAACCAUUAGCAAUACAUUUGUUACAGUAU